UUAAUCGGUGCACCAAGUAACCAGACCAUCAAUGAAACAGACACAGUAACAUUUGUCUGUAAUAUUAGUGGUAAUCCAGCCCCUGUAAUCAAGUGGUAUAAGGAUGAACUCACUGUUGGUACAGGAGACACACUCAGCUUUCCAGUAUUCAGGAAUCAAUCAGGAUACUACUGGUGCUCAGCUGAUAAUGGCUUAAAUGUGACUGUCAAUGCCAGCACUUACCUUAAUGUGCAUUACAAGCCAACUGGAACAAGUAUUACAUCCAGCCCAACCAAUAAUACUGUGUUACGUAACAGUAGCUUGGUGUUAAGUUGCAGAACAGAUGCCAACCCUGCAGCACAUAUUUAUAAUUUUUAUUUUAAUGGUACCUUUAUUGGUGUGAACAACUUGGGUAGGUAUCUUGUCGCAGUUCAAGCAGAUGGAGAGUACACUUGUGUACCUUUGAACACAGUCGGCAUAGGUGACAAUGCCACCUUUACUGUCAUAGCAGUUGGUAAGUGAUAACAGUUUACAAUAAACUUGUUUUUGUUUUUUUAGCUACCCAAAACUAAAGAAAUAUGAAAUUUAACAGGUAUCAAUUAUGGUAAAAUACUGAUUGAAUAAAUUAAUCUUUGUAUUUUUAAUCGAAACUAGCCUUUAUGCACAUUAAAGGUAGCACAAACAUGAUUGAAAACCACUUUUUCCUUUGGAUAUACCUCCAUACUCUUAUAUGGUUGUUUUUGAUCAGAAGGAGCACUCAAUGUACUAUUAAUAAUGUCAUGUGCUUUGCAAAGCAAGAUCUGAAAAGCUUAGGGAGACCCCCUUUUUUUACUUUUAAAACCAAUUCCAUGGAAGCAAGAUACUAUUUUAGCCACAGAAAUAAUAACAACUGUUGUGUUACACAUAAGCAUCAAUCCGGCAA